ACUAGGAAAAGGAAAAUGUCUUAUCAGUGUGGGCUAUGCAAGAAAGAUUAUUCUUCAAUAAAACGCUUAGAAAAACACAAAUGCUCGUUUUGCUUUUUUUGUCAACGUUCAUAUAGCACUAAGCAAAAAUAUGACAGUCAUAGUUGUGCUGGCAAAAAUGCAAAGGAAAUACUGAGUGUUGGUUUUGAAAAUCCUGGUAUUUCUAGUCAUGUGUGUGAAUGGUGUAAAAAGGGAUUUUCAAGUUUGAAUUACUUAGCUGCUCAUAAAUGCCCGUACUGUGCAGUGUGUGAUCACAUUUUUGCAUCAUAUCAAAAGUAUGAAAUGCACAAGCGCAAAUGUGCAAGGUUGCACUCUUCAGCUGAUUUAGAGCCUGUAGAUUCAUUACCACCACCAGAGCCUACUAGUACCCCAGUCAUUACAGAUCAUAAGUGUGAAUUAUGUAAAAAGUAUUUUUCUAGUCCUAAAUAUCUUGCUACUCAUAAAUGUGCAUAUUGUAGACCAUGCAGAAGAAGUUUUGCUACUUUUCAAAAGUUUCGAAUGCACAGAUUAAAGUGCACAAGAGUUAAUCAUUCUUCAGAAAAUAAUUCAGACUUGGGCACUGCAGAUGAAGUUAUAAAUAACAAUAGUUUACAAGAAGUCGUUGCAGCAAGAGGUAAUUUUAUUACCAGAAAAGUAAUAAGUCACAUGGCCAUGCUGGAGUUGAUCAGACGUAUGUCGGGGUUGUCAUCUAUGAUUGAUCUGAUUGAUCACUCUGGGCCUUCCCUGACAAAGACUCAUGAUGUGAAUGAGAGACCAGAAAAUUUGACACAUAAGCCAGGAAGUCUUAUUAAUUUACUAGACACCUCAGAACAAGAUAAUUUCCAGUGCUUUGGUGGAGAAUCUACAAAUUUUAUUCUUAGUAGAUUAUCUUUGAGUAGGAAUUCCCCAGAAAAUGACAGAGAAUCAGAUGUUGGAAGUGUAGAUAUUGAGGAUGGUCAAGAUAACAAGAGUGUUACUUCUUUGGAUUUUGAUAAUGCAAAUUCAGAUGAGGUUAUUGAUCAGAAAAAGUUAGACUUUUUAGACAAUAGUAUGGAUAAUAUUGGAGACCAUUCUGUAAGUCAGAAAGAGGCUGAAGAGCAUAGACAGUCCCCAAAAUAUAAAGAGAAACACUUUGAACAAUUUUCAGUCGAUGACAAAAUAGGUGCCACAUCCCCUUAUGUAAAUGAGUGGAUGCGUUUGGAAAGAUCCCCAAGUGAAAGUGAGCAUACUGUUGACCAUUCCCUUUGUGAUGAGAGAACAGAUCAUUAUAAUGUUAAUGAAGGAGAUAGAUUGUUAAACUUUUCAGUCUGUGAUGAUGAAAGUGCUGGUGUUAGGUUUUCCUCCAUGAGUAGUGAUUGUAAAAUAAGUAGACUACCUGAAAAUCCAAAAGAAAAAUUUGAUGUUUAUUCUAAAACUGCACCCUCCUUCCAUCAUCCAAAUCCUGAAUCAUCAGAAUUGUUACCUCUUGAGGAAAUUGAACCUGCCAGAUUGGAUCAAAAUGUUGUUUUCGCUCAGUUAGUGGCAGCUAUAAGAUCUCAGUUCCUGUUAUCUGCUGGGUCUCACAAAUCAUCAUAUUUUUUGGAUGACAGUCAAGAUAGCUCCGAUAACCAAAUAAAGGAAUGGAUAAGUGAGAUGCCUCGUGCUAAGUUAAUAGACUCGAAGCCCCGUGGGCGUAUGUCUGCCUAUGCAUUUUUUGUUCAGACAUGUCGUGAAGAACAUAAGAAAAAGCAUCCAGAUGAGAAUGUUGUCUUCUCAGAGUUUUCCCGCAAGUGUGCUGACCGUUGGAAGACUAUGACUGAUAAAGAGAAAAUUCGCUUUUAUGAGAUGGCUGAAAAGGAUAAAGAUAGAUAUGAAAGUGAAAUGAAGGGAUACAGAGGACCUCGGAUGCCCCGAGGUAGUCGUAAGCGCCGUAAUCGUAAGGAUCCAAAUGCACCCAAAAGAGCUUUAUCAGCAUUCUUCUGGUUUUGCAAUGAUGAAAGACCUAAAGUUCGAGCUGCCAACCCGGACAUGGGAGUUGGUGAAAUUGCAAAGCAGUUGGGUGCAGCCUGGAGCAAUACCUCAUCAGAAGUAAAGAGCAAGUAUGAGGCCAUGGCAGAGUACGACAAAGCUAGAUAUGAAAGGGAAAUGAAAGCCUUCAAAGAAGGAAACUUUGCAGCCAAGAAACAAAAGACUGUGGAUACACCAGAUGAGGAUGAUGAAGAAGAAAGUGAAAGUGAAGAGGAUGAGGAGGAAGAAGAAGAAGUUGAAUGAGCAUUGUACACAUUGUAGGUCAGCCAGAAGUAUUAUAGGAGUUUUCUUUUUUUUAUUUAUUUAAUCAAAUAGGCUUCAUUUUGUAGAACUGGUCUUUGUAUGACCUGUGUUGUUAUGGGCUCCCUUGAGUGCAUGAAGACAGCGCUGGUAUAAAUUUGUUUAGUUGGUUAUCCUUGAACUGUAAAAUUUUCCAUAUAUAUUUUUAAUGGGAAAGCCAAAGAAAAUCUUUAUUGAGUUAAUAAGAAAUUUUUUGUUUGUAUUUAUUAGAUUUUGAGUGAUUUAACUUAUUUUAGUGUUAGAGUUAUGGUGUUCAUUAGCGAACAAAUGAAUGUACAUAAAUAUUUUGUAAAACAGUCAAGGUCUGACAAAGGUUUCCUAAAAGUCUUGGGAUCCUUUGUUAUGAUGAGAGACCAGCUGUUAUGACAGAUGUACUUCACUCUCAUAGAUUUGUACAUCAUGUCUCAUUAAGGCCCUCAAAUAGUGAAGCCAAUUCAUUUACACAAUAUUAAAAAUAAAAUCGUGUGAAAUUUUACCUUGAUAGAGGUUGAUUAGAACCUUAAAGGAGGUUUGUGGUACAGGUCACAAGUUUUUAUGGAGCAUAACAAGUGUCUUAAAUUUUUUUAUAAAUUUCUGAUAAAGAGUCCUUUUACAUUGUUCCAAAGGCUCGUGUCUGUAUUGCUCUCUAGGCCUGAGUGGGAUGAAUUGAGCUUAAUGACAUAUAAUCUUCUUACACCACAGCAUUUUUUUGCUGUGACCUUUUGUAUGAAGAAUAUGAAUUAAAAAUCCAGUUUGUAAA